AUGAUGACUCUUGCUUCAACAACCACCCUCGCCCUAUCUUUUCUUCUCUUGCUUCCAAUUCUAUCUUCGGCAACAGUAGAAGAAGAAUUUUCCGAGGAGUUGCUACUUAAACCCUUACCCGAUCGCAAAGUGCUAGCGCAUUUUCACUUCCAAACCGAAGCUCCUGUUGCGGAAGAUUCAUUCGCUCGUCACCAUCACCUCUUCCCCAAAUCCAUUUCUCAACUGGUUAAGAAAUUUCACAUUAAAGCAAUGGAGUUAUCUUUCACACAAGGUCGAUGGAACUAUGAAAGAUGGGGUGGACUUGAUCCAAUAUCUAGCCAAAAUGCAAAGCCUCCUGGAGUUGAAUUAUGGGCAGUCUUUGAUGUCCCUCAACAUCAGGUUGAUGCUUUUUGGAAAAAUUUGACACAUUCUCUAUCGGGUCUCUUCUGUGCUUCGAUAAACUUCCUAGAGUCUUCUAGCUCUUAUUCCGCUCCUAAAUGGGCAUCUCAGUCAGCCUUAGGUAGUUUAAGAUAUGGCACACUGCCGCGUGAAGCUGUCUGCACAGAGAAUCUUACUCCCUGGUUGAAACUCCUUCCUUGUCGAGAUAAAGCUGGACUUUCGGCCUUAAUGGAUAGACCAUCUAUUUACAGGAGUUUUUAUCAUUCACAGCGGUUGCACUUGACAGCAUCCAUGGCUCCGGCUGAUGGGUUAGAUUCAGGAAUUAUUCUAGAACAAACACUUACAGUUGUACUACAGCCUGAUGUUCAGAAAAGUUUGAGUUUUCCUGGUGAAUUUAAAAUUCAACCAAGCUGGUCUCUGAGCUCAAUAUUUGGACGGAAAGUGAAUGGAAGGUGUGUUCUUGCUAAGUUGAGUAAUGUCUACCUUCAAGUCGAGAGAGAUCUAGUCAGUCAAAUUGAGAAGCUCCAGAAGAAUAAUGCUGCAUAUGCUGAUAAUGACACGGAUACAGAUGUUUUGAGAGGGAAUCUUGGCUUUGAAAUAUCUAUUACACCUGAUAGGGUUCAUAGAGAACUGGAAAAGAGCUCCUCAAUUCUGUAUGAAUAUUCAAUCAAAGAUUCCAAUGAAGCGAAACAAUUUGAUUUAGGCCUAACAUGGAAAUAUCCGAUUGUUUGGUCCUGCCCUCUUGCACCUUUAUAUGCCAGUAGAUUUUUAAUUGGAAGUGGAAAUGAAAGAGGCUCGAUUGCAAUAUCCUUGAAGUCUACAGAAUUGACUAAGGAUUUCAUUGUAGCUAAUAAUGUUGAAGAGAAGUGUAAGUUACAAGUUAAUGUUCUCCAAAUUGUGCCUUGGUAUAUUAAGGUAUAUUAUCAUACCUUGCAAUUAUUAGUAGAUGGAAAGCCUCAAGCAAUCACAGAUUUUGUUGAGAGAAUGAGUGUUUCUCCUUCUGAAGACAAAGUAUCAACAGGGGUGAUGGAGUUGGUCCUCAGAUUUCCUUGUGAGAUUAAAUCUGCUAUAUUAAAUAUAGAGUUUGAUAAGGGCUUCUUGCACAUUGAUGAAUACCCUCCCGAUGCUAAUCAGGGAUUUGAUAUUCCAUCAGCAAUAAUAAGCUUUCCCGACUUCCAUGCCAGUUUGCAAUUUUCCAAUGAUUCUAUAACCAGGUCACCAAUGAUGUCUAAAUUACAGGAAAAGAGCCCUGUUCUCUCAUACACAGAAGUUUUACUGGUACCCUUGACAACUCCUGAUUUCAGUAUGCCUUACAACGUCAUUACAAUUACUUGCACGGUUUUUGCAUUAUAUUUUGGAUCCUUGCUAAAUGUACUCCGAAGACGAGUUGCAGAAGAGGAAAGACUUUUGAAAGCAAACAAAGCUCCGUUCCUUCGACAAGUAAUAAAUAGAUUGUCUUCAAGGUUUCGGAGAGGAUCAUUAGAAUCCACUCAACCAAAACAACCAUCAUCAUCCUUCCUUACUCCUAAAUUGAUUAUUAAGAUAAUAUUGGUUGCAGGAUUUGCUGUUGUAUGGCAAUUCUACUUGAAAUGA